AUGGCGAUGAUGAUGACUGGCCGUGUGCUGCUGGUGUGUGCCCUCUGCGUGCUGUGGUGCGGUGUCGGCGGAGGUUGUGAAGAAGUGCCCGGAGUAUCUCCCUCUGGUGUGUCCGGUGAUCUUGAGAGGGAGGGAGGAGAUUCACAGGAUUCAUCACGUUCUGAACCGCCAGGAACAAAAAAAUCAGCCCCAGAAACACCAGCACCAAAAGUUCAACAACAAGAAGUUAUCUCACCACCUCCCAAUGACCCUCCGGCAGGAAGCGAAGACGGUGCUGGUGGUGAUGAGGAAGGAAAAGCAAGAGAAGAAGGUGCUAAGGAUGCUGGAAAAGAAAAUAGGGGUGUUGCAACAAGUAAAGAGGUAAAAAACCCUGAAAACCACCAGAUGUCAGUGAAGGACCCGCAGUUGCGUAACAAUGAGGGCUUACAGUCACCAUCAUUGAAUGGAACUCAUGGAGUUGGAACGAUAACAACAUCAUUAAGUGGCAGUUUGACAGUUAAUACAAAUCAACAAGAUUUGUCAAGCCCUUUGCAGCCUCCAUUACCGAACAGCCCACCGCAUGCAAUUCCAUCAUCCACAUCUGCAGCUGGCCCUGAUAACGAGAAACGUCACGAAAACGGCAAUGGCACGAAGAAUUCUCAACAGUCUGUGGUAGGAGACAUUCAAGAGAAGAAUGGCACCGGCGUGAAAGCUGUCGCUUCAACAAGUGGAGAGGAAAAUUCACGAUUGUCAGUCACGACACUUGAAGAAAUGGGUGAUGCAACAAAGAAAGGCGACAGCAACAGCAGUACCGCGGCAACCGUGGCCCUGCGGUCUGACGCUGGCACAGAAGGCACUCCGCCCACCAAUCAUCCGAACCAACCAUCCACUGAAGGCGCCACACAACCCGAAACGAAUUCCGAUGGUGAAGCUGUAUCAGCCAACAAAUAUGAUACGGUCUCUCAGAGUGCAGGAUCCACAACAGCGCAAACCACAAACGCGAAAACAGGUGACACGGCGAAGCCUGUCGACAGUGACGGCGGCACCGCGGUCUCGCACACCACCUCCCCUCUUUUGCUUCUUCUUGUUGCGUGUGCGGCUGCUGCUGCGGUGGUGGCCGCGUGA